GUUCGCGGCGGGCGAAAGAAAGAAGACCGCGGAGGGAAGGAAGACAGGGUUCGAAUUCAUGGAGAACGUAUUCCGAAGUCCCGCCACAGUCGAAACCCUAAACCCUCGGAUGGGAAGCUACUCGCGCCCCAUUCCUCCCCCGCGCCGGAGAUCCCAUCUCGACAGCGCGUCGUACCGCACUCUGGUUCGGAUCUUCUCCCUUUGCCUCGACGAGUCCCUCGUCCCCAUCGAAGAACCUUGCAAGGAUCCGAUCCUUGUGUCGGGUGCCGCUUCUCCUGAAGUCCCGAAGAGCUCGUCGGCUGGUAAAGACGACGUCGUUGAUUCACAUGGUGAUGGAAUCGUGGCAAAGGAGCUUCGGCGUGAUGACAGUGAGAGUGUUGAAUGUGGAAACGCUACGUUUAACUCUGAUUCGAAAAGUGAGGGAAUUGAAGAGAAAUUUGGAGAUGGGACUGGCGGGAAUGGAGAGACGGUGAACGGCCUGGUGUGUGAACGGCCGCAAACGGAAUCUGGGGACGAUAAAGCCGAGGCUUCGAAUUCAAUGGAAGAGAUGGGGCAUCAGCGCGAGGAAACUGGCCAAUGUGUUGAUGGUGGACUUCAGGAAGGUCUGAUUGUCGAAUCUAAGUUAGAGACCGAAGUUUGUAUGGACGAAGCCACAGAACCUCCAGGUGAUAAUUUGAUCUUUGAUUUCCCUGAAUUGGUAGAAUUGCAGGACAGUAAAAUUGGCCUAGAUGGGGGAUCACACGGUGAAGUUGCUGAAGGCGUCUCUGGAGAAAAUUUAUCUCAAUUCCCUGGUUCCAAGGAUCAAGUCACUCACUUGGUGGAUGAAUCAGAACAAAGAAUGAAUAAUGAACUGAAAGAUGAACGCGUUAAAGGAGCAUCGUCAGAGGUCUUGACAGAUGAAUUUAAUGCAUUAAGUGUUUCCCCAACUAGAAUGUCUUCUUCUAAUGAACUGCUACGUGAUAUCAUGUUUGAAAGGAACAGGGAAUGUACUAAUCCAUCGGCUACAUAUUUGUCUCCCAAUGAGCAAAUGUUAUUUAAACCUCAGAAAAACGUGUCCAAGUCAAUAAAUGAAACUGCUGAAAAGCAUCAACAAGAGCUUUUGGGUUUCUCCAUGAAACAGUUGGAAGAGGACCUGGCAGAUGCAUUAGUAGAUCCAAACAAUGUUGAAGAAAUUGAAGAAGGGCAAAUUCCUGGUGACUUUUGGAGUUUAAACGAGACUGGACCAGGGGUGCAUCAUAAUGCACUUCUUCAGGAUCAGAAGUUAGACGAAGGAUCAUGUCACACUGACUUUCUUCAAAAAGAAAGUCCUGAUUGUUUGGCUAAGCUCUCCGGAAAGAACAUUAUGGCAAGAAAUAAUAAGUUGAAAGAGGAUGUUCUUUUCAUGGAGAUCAAUGAAAAGAUGGAUGGAAAUGAUUAUCUUUCUUCAGAUGAAAGACAUUCAAUUGCUGAAAUGAAAAAGAGUUGUAGUAAUGUGCCUGUAAUGUACUCUGAGCAGCAAACAACUGCAGUGAAUGCUUUUGGAUCAUGUGAAGAGAAGUUGACAUAUCAGAAUAAGGAAUCCAUUGUUGAGGCUGUUAACGAAAAAAUCAAGAGGAGGAGAGGUCCUUUAACUGAGGAAAGAAAAGCUAAGAAAAAGAAGGCCAAGAAAAGGAAAAGAGCAGAGAAAGAGAGACAACAAGGAGUCAAGAGAUUGAAGCUGCAACCGGUUGUAAAGCCAAAAGCAGUAAAGCUCUGCAACUUCUAUCUGAUGGGUAGAUGCCAGCAGGGAGAUUUGUGCAAAUUUUCCCAUGAUGCUACUCCCCUAACAAAGUCCCAGCCAUGCAAAUACUUUGCUUGUGAUUCUUGCUUAAAAGGUGAUGAUUGUCCAUUCGAUCAUGAACUCUCCAAGUAUCCCUGUCACAACUUCCAUUCAAAAGGGAGCUGCCAUAGAGGAGACAGAUGCAAGUUUUCACAUAAGAUCUCAACUGUUGAAGGUUCCUCCACGCCAAUUGCAAGCAAUUUAGUUUCUCCAUUAACAUCAGGAAAGUUCAAUGCGGGGAACCAAAAAAUUGCAAGUAAAAAACUUACAAAUGCCAGUAAUCCACCUAAAACUGCCACUUCAAGUAUAAAAUCUGUCUUGCCUAAGCAGUCGGAAGGAAACUUGGUGAAGAUUGCUAAGGAACCCAUGCAAAUACCUAAUGGAAUACGUUUUAUUUCAUUUGGAAAUGGACUGUUAGAGAGUGGGAAGUUGCCUGCAAACAGCUUGCUUCCUGAGAAACAUGGGUGCAGUCAACAGAAACCAGAAAAGCCUUUAGCAGAUGGACAUAAAAAUGCUGUUUGCCGAAGUGAGAAAUCUCUUUCUAAACCACAAAUGGAAUAUAGUGUUUCUCUUCCUGCUACAAAUGCCUUUUCUGGUAGCUAUUUGAAAAAUAAAAGUUUCAGUAGUGACCCUGCUUCCAGAAGCCUCCAAAGUGAAGCUUCAGAUGCAUCAAAAAUCUUGGACGAGUUUUUAUUUGGUGCUACUGGCUAGAGGGUUGUUACAUUUGUUCUUACCAGCUGUAUAUUUCUAUUACGAUGAAUUUAGUGGUCGAGAUUUCAAGUCCCAUGUG